CCUCUAGUGUCAUCUGACAGUCAAUCAGAAAAUAUAGCAAGAUACAUGCUCGAAAAGGCAGAGGAAGGCAACCAUCUUCAGAAGUACUUGGAGGAUAACGAUUUGCUGAAGAAGAAAUCUUUAUUUAAAAAUCUAGAUGAUGCAACUGUGGAGCUGCAAAACUUCCCUAAGUUGAACAUGGAUCAGCUAAGAGAUAUCACCAUUGGAGUAUACCAGCUGAAACAAGCCUCAUCAUACUCCAGAGAACACGUUGAUGACAAUGGGGAGUAUGCUGUGAUGGUGUGUAAGGAAAGCCCAACAUUAAUCAAAGUGAAAAUCCAGUCUCGUCAUACAAGUAGUGCUGCACAUACGCUGUGGAUUGAGUAUGGGGACACUCCCUGUAAACCUGUUAUAGGAUGGUACUGUACCUGUAAAGUAGGUGCUCGGGUUGUAGGUUGCUGCGCACACGUAGCUAGUGUGUUGUGGUAUUUAGGACUAUGGAGAAAUCAAGACAAAAAUAUCACAGAAACCAAGUAUUCCCUUUUGGAUGCACGUGACUUGCCAGCAAAUGACACCUCACCAGAGACUGACAGGUGUCAAGAAGAAUAAUUAUACCAUAUAUUGGUGUACACUGAACCUUAACAUAUGUAAUACAGUUUCUGAUCUGAGGAAAUGAAAUGAACGGGUUUCCUAUUGUGUAGUAUUCCAUUUAUAUUGAAGUUAACAAUGUUAUUAUCAGCCCCAUGAAAGUGCACUAUAAAAUAAAUGCAUGCUUAUA